AUGAAUGUCAUCGAAUCUGUCCUGGCUAACAACAGCAUUACUUGGCACAUGACACCACCGAAAGCACCUCACUUCGGCGGUUUAUGGGAGGCCGCAGUUAAGGUCGCUAAAAAGCAGCUGUAUCGGCAACUAGGAAAUUCUCGCCUCCAAUUCGAAGCCAUGUCAACGGUGCUCACACAAAUCGAGGCCAGCAUGAACUCUCGUCCACUUGUUCCACUAUCGGAGGAUCCUGAAGACCUUACUGCACUGACACCCGGCCAUUUUUUGAUCGGUGCACCUAUGCAAUCCCUGCCUGACCACGACGUUCGUUGCAUCCCUACCGAUCGCUUGAGCCAUUAUCAACAGCUGCAGCAGCUGCAUCAAAACUUCUGGCACCGUUGGCGUACUGAAUACCUACAUGAACUACAAAAGAGCCAGAAUAACUUUCGUGCGAACAGCGAAAUCAAGCCUGGACGUCUCGUGAUCUUAGUGGACGAAAUGCAGCCUCCACUGAAAUGGCCCCUCGCUCGAAUCGUGGAUAUCCAUCCGGGAGAGGACGGUUUGAUUCGAGUCGUGACUCUGAAAACAAACAAGGGAAUUGUAAAACGACCCAUCGUCAAAAUUUGCAUGCUGCCACAGGAGGAAACCGACGAAAACACUUCGUUGCUGGAGCCAUCCGCAGGAGAUUCUUCACUACAAUCUGUUCCCACCGUUGGUCCUCUGAUUACGGAUACGUAA